AUGAACAGUGACUUUCCGUACAACGGCAUUCUCCCAUUUACAUACCAAGCAUCUGGCAUUCUAUUUGCAGACUGGAUAAAUCUAUUUACACUCUGUCUCGCUCCUCUUAUUGUUCACAUUGUUGCUGGCGUUCCAUCGCCCGUCUAUCUCUCCAGCCCACGACCCCGCUGGCACGAGCGGCUCGGCCACUACAAUCCCACUUCAAUACUAUGGCGUUAUUUCUCAAUCAUCGAUCGACGAGCACGAUCCCGCGCAUGGAAUGCUGCGGAUAUGGCAGCUAGUAAUGCACAUUUCUGGACGUCGAAUGGAUGGGACGGCUCGGAAAAUAUGAUGCGGAGAAGUCGACGAUUUUGUACUCGCAUUCCGAGUUCUCCGCAUGCUGUUUGGGUUUCGAAGACAUCGGCUGAAACAGUGGCGACUGUAUUGCAGGGACUGCAAGCUGCUUGGCAAUUGGUCGGUGGAUUGGACGGGGGUGGUUAUUCUAACACUAUCUCCCUGGGAACGGUUUUUGCACCGCCGGCUAUAUGCGGAUUAAUAAGAUUACCAGCGGCAAUCUGGAUAUCUGAUGAUUAUUCAUACGUGGAUGUGGAUAUCGAUAUCGAUGGCGAGGACAACAGUGAACCAGAAAUAGAAACUUGCGACGGAUACAGCCUGACUAACACAUUAAAACCGCGCAAAUCACCCACAAGUCGUACUCUUCUCAGCCUAGGACUUCUCGAACCAUUUCCUGUCCAAUCGCUUGAUCUCCACUCUCCCCAUAGCUGGCGCGGUACAACUAUACGAAUCUCAUUUCUCCUUCCAUUACUCGCUCUCCUGACCCUGGCACUCCUAUAUCUAACCCCCUAUAACACAUCAUCCUACCCCACAAAUAUCUUCUUCACACUUACUCAAUUCCUCGUCGUCACAUUCUUCACCAUUUUCCUCGUUUGUUCAAUCCCCAUCUAUACAUUCUUUUUUCUGACUAAUCAUUCCACAACUACUAUCAUCCCUUGUAUAACAAGUCUCUGGUAUAAAAUCUACACAGCGCUUUUAUUCGCUUGCAUGCUUGUUCUGGUGUGUGUUGCGGGUCUGGAAACUCGUGCGACGCCGUGUGGUCUGUAUACUACUACUCCGCCGGGUUUCUUUGAUAUGGUGGUUUGUGGAGGUUUGAGUGUGUCCCCGGAUGGGGCUCUGGAGGGAGUGACUUCGAGUUUGCCGUUUGGAGUUGCGUGGAGGAAUAAUACGAGUGAGGAGAUGGGGGACGGAGAAGUUCAUGUGGGGGAGUUUGAGGGGUGGUGUAAGAUUGGGAGGAUGGGUGAUGUAGUUGAGGCUUUCUCGCCUGUUAAUUUGUCGAGCUUUGGUGGGUGA